CAUCAUAAUUCCAGACAUAUGGGCCAAAGAGGUGAUGUCAUAAAGGUAACAGUAACAGCUGAGAUGACCUGGAGCUCUUCUAACAGGAACUGGUAAACUAACAUUCUCUUCUACAUUUGAAGUUUCAAAAAGGCAAGUCCUCUUCUGAUGAAGCUGAAGAAGAGAAAUAGACAGAAUGGGGUAUUUCAUUCUGCCCUCUUUUCAUAGUUCCACAGUCUUGUGGAUGACUCUUGCGCUUGGAAUAAAAUGGAUAGAAGAAGUCCUGAGUUGUCCAAACCAAUGUACCUGUAACAAGUGGGAAGUGAACUGCACAGGAAAGAAUUUAGACAAUAUUCCAACCACAAUUCCACUGACUUCCAGAAAAUUAAUUCUGGCUCAGAACAAUCUCACCAAUUUACCACUAUUAACCAUGAGUUAUCUCAAUGAACUAAUCCACCUAGACUGCAGCCACAAUCUGUUAACAAUGGACUUGGAUUUCAGUUUUCCAGCAUUAAACAAAUUGACAUAUUUGGAUCUCAGCUUCAACAGGCUCUCCCGCAUAACACCCUUCACUUUUUCACAACUGAAAAAGCUGCUGCUCCUGAAUCUUUCUGGUAAUCCAACAAUGGUGGAGGUUAGGGAAUGGGCCUUUGAAAAGAACACCCUCCUGAGAUAUAUAGAUGUGAGUGACUGUGGCUUGGGUUACCUCGGUGCUGAAGUGUUUUAUAAUCUGUACAGACUUCCUAUUUUGGGACUAAAGGGUAACCCCUGGACUUGUGACUGCAGAUUCGUAUUAUUCCUCAAAUGGCUAAAGAAGAGUGGUAUUAAGUCCCCAGACAUUGAGAAUGCUACCUGCAGCAAACCAGAAAAAAUGCAGGGUCUUUCUCUCAUCAGCAUAGAACCGAAGCUCCACCAUCUGUGCCUUCUGCACAUAGAACUGGAAGACUUUGUACACAUGAGUCUAUUAACCUUCUGCGUCUUUAUUGGAGGAACUCUACUGGUGUGGCUCGUUGGGUUUGGCACAGUGAUAUAUUACCAUCCUGUCAUGAAGACAUAUGAUGAACCAGAGAAUGAAGAGUACAGAAUGAUUUAA